UAUAAAGAUCUUGACUCGUGGAAGAAGUUUGGAAUAACGCAUCCCCUCGUCAAUCUUGCUGACGCUGUAGCUAAGACUACUUCCAGUGUUACGGAGUAUAAAUGGACUGCGCCCGAAGAGGUAUCAGUACUUUCAAGCUCGGCCAUAGAUCUGCUCAGCUCAUCGUAUUACACGGUGCAUGUGUUUGUUACUUUACCCGAUAGUUUAUUUGGAAAGAGAGAUUACAUCAACUUAACCUAUCCUGCGAAACGUGCGCAUUACAUGUGUGGAGCCUUGCAACUUCUUCGGAAAGCCUACAAAGAUUACGAAAUUCGUUUUGAGCCGGGAAUAGGCAACGACGCGGUUUUUGCAAACUUACACAUAACUGGUGCGUGCAUGUGA